AUGAAUAGCCCAACUCGAUCACUAUUUUCCCCAACAGCAUCUCGUGUAACGGUUACUCAGCAAGAAACAAGUUACCAAAGUCCUCGAUCAAUUUCAAGCCGAAGUGAAUUAGAACUUAGUAUCCAUUCGCUACAAAACGAACAAGAACGUGUUCAAAAGAAAACUUUUACCAAGUGGAUUAACAUUUAUUUAUCAUUACAUGAGCCGCCGUUUUUUAUCAAUGAUCUUUUUGAAGAUCUUAAAGAUGGAACAAAACUUGUUGCAUUAUUGGAAGUUCUCUCAGGACAAACUAUACCUAUAGAACGUGGUACUAAACGAGCUCAUUAUGUGAGUAAUGCAAGUAACGGAUUGAAAUUUCUUGAAAGCCGAAAAAUUAAACUAGUCAACAUACGUCCAAUUGAUAUUGUCGAUGGGAAACCAACUAUUAUUUUAGGAUUAAUAUGGAUGUUAAUUUUAUGUUAUCAGAUUGAAGAUUCAAGUAUGUUCGAUGGAGACUCCAAAGAUCCUCGUAUUAAAGCUAAAGAUGCUCUACUCGAAUGGGUUCGAAAGAAGACACGAGGAAAAAUCGAUGGAUGGGAUGUUAAAGAUUUUACAUCCAGUUGGCGUGAUGGCUUUGCGUUUAAUGCUUUAAUAUAUUCCAUUCGGCCUGAACUAGUUGAUUUAAAUCGUAUUUCACGAAUGGAAGUUCGAGAACGAUUAGAAAAUGCGUUUUAUGUUGCUGAACAACAUCUUGGUAUACCUCGUCUGAUUGAUGCCGAAGAUGUUGAUGUAACCAAGCCAGACGAAAAGUCGAUUAUGACUUAUAUCGCUCAAUUCUCUCGCCGAUUCCCUGAUUUGCCUUUCGGAUCGAUAAACAAAGAACAUGGUGAACUUCUUCGUUGGCUAACAGACACUCGACAACGUUUGACGCACGCUAUUGAAGCACCCAUCACAGACAUUCAAGCUGAAUAUAAAGAGUACGCGAAACAAGCUAAAGAAUUUGUUGAAAAGCAAAAGCAAUGGAAGGCAUUCGAACGCAAAGAAUCCAAAUCUCCACUUUUUCCCGGUGAAAAAUUGAAAGAAUUAAAAGAUCAAUUUGACGACAUAACUCAAAGAAUGAAUCGGUGGCAACAGAAAAUAGAUUUUAACCUACCUGGAGAACUUCGUUCUAUAGCCGAAUGGAUCUAUCGAGCUGAAGAGGUUUUAGCACGAGGACUUAAUUUUGAUCCGGCAACUUUAGUACCCGAAGAAAAUCUUCAGCGUUUCACUCAACUCUAUAAAGAACAUGUGGAUAUUUUUGCGGAUAAAGAAAGUAUUGCAACUAAAUUUCAACGUCUAAAAUGUGAUCCAUCUAUUGUUAAUCAACAAGUAGCAAUAGAACAUCUGAACAGUUUAGAUGAACGUCUCAACAUUAUCAUAGUCAGUAGCAAUGAACGAGGAUAUUAUUUAGACUUCGAACAAAUACAUUGGAAAGUACAAAUACAUUUUGCUCAAUUAGAACAUUUAAUGGAAAUUUUAAAUAAAAAACAAGGCAAUCUAGCACAAGCAGAACAAUUAUUUCAAGAAUAUAAAAGUAAGAUUCACGAUGAGAAAAUUAUUGCGAUUAUUGAAAGUCUCUUACCGGAAUUAACACGUAGAGCACAAAAUUAUGGCCAAUUACGAAAGAAAGACGAUCAAACAUCGAAAGGUUUUAAUGCCUAUUGUGAAUGUGUUCGUAAAACAUUAAAGAGUGCUGCGCUUGAUCUUAAAACAAAAGAGCAUAUGCUACAAGAAACAUUGGAUAAUUGGAAAGUCUAUCUCAGUUCAUAUGAUCAACUGGAACGAUGGUUAAAUGAAGGUGAUCAAGUGCUUCAACGUUCAUCACAAGAAAAACUAGCUUAUUUUGCAAAUAUAAAUCAUUGGGCUGAAACGCAUGAAAAAUUACGUAUAGCAAUUGAAAGUUUGAUGUCCGUAUGUGACGAUGACAUUGUUGCUGGUUUACAUAAGAAAUUUCUAUUUAUCAAUCGUCGAUGGAAAGAAAUAUUCGAUCGUGUUCAUCAAUUUGAACACGAUGAAUCCAUUAAGAAGAAACGUGACGAAUUUUAUGCUGGCCGCUCGAAUGUAUUGGAUACAUUAGAUAAAAUCGAUGCUGAAAUGCAGACAUAUUUACCAUGUACAAUUAAAGCACUUAAAGAGCAAGAAAAUCGUCUUUAUAAAGCACAAUCAGGUAUUGAUAUGUUGAAUGAUAAUAUUCAAGCUCUUGCUAAAUUAAGUCAAGUCAUAGCACGUGAAAGCGGUGAAACGUUUUCGACAAGUGAAAUGAAUUCUAUUUUACAAACAUGUUUUGAAAAAUUACGUCGAAUACAAGAACAUCUACCGUUAACAUUAAAACGAAAUAAAACAAUGCUUGGACAUUUACAAAAAUUUGAAGAUGGCCUACAAAAAUGUCAGCAAUGGUUCAAUGAAGCUAAACAGCUAAUCAGUCGAUAUUCGAUUCAAGUGCCCGUUAAACGUAUCGAAGAUUUUCUUGAACAGCAUAGAAAUUUUUUUGCUGAAAUUGGCUAUUAUCAAUCAUUACUUGAAACCAAGGGAAAAUUAAUUCAAGCCAUGAAAAAAUCCAAUGAGAAUUUAAUUCCACUCGAUUUUUCUCCCGUCGAUGAACAAUAUCGGCAAUUAGCCGAUAUCUUUGAACAAAUAAAUCAACAAGCAUGCUAUUGGGAAAAAGAAUUCAGUCAACAUUCUCAAUUGUGGAAAGAUUUUCAUCAACGUCUAAAACAUUUAGAAGAAUGGAUAGAUAAAGCGCAAACUGUUGUGAAAGAAAAACACGAGGAUUAUGCUUAUCUUAUUCGUAAACAUAAAGAUUUUUUUCAAACAAUCGACGAUGAAAUUCUACAUGGUUUUAUUAAGUCCGGACGUGAACUAUUACAUAUACGAGAUAAAAUGGAACAAAAGGAAAUUCAAUUUUUAAUGGAUACACUUGAAAACAAAUGGAAUACAAUUAUUUGUUACGCUCCAGUGCGUCUAUUACGUUUACAAUUCGAACGUAUCGAAAAAGUAGUCGUACAAGAAUUAGAACAAGCCGAAAAUGAACUUAACGAUGAACUUAAACAACUAGAACGACAACAUGAUACAACAGAAAUUUUACGACGCCACAAUGAACGUUUUCAAUUGAAUAAUUUUCAUCCGACUAUGGAAAUUCAUAUGAGAGAUUUACAAACAUUUGCAAAUGAUAUUCGUACGAAAGAACAAGGACAAACAUUAGUUAGUCAUGAAAAUGAACAAAUCGAUCAGCGUGCAAUUAAAUUAAAUAACUAUUGGGCUAAUAUGCAAGCGAAAAUUGAUAAUGUUAGAAGAAAACUUCAAACUAUACCGAAGAAAUGGCAAGAAUUUGAAGAGAAAUUUCAUCAUGUUGAGAGUUGGAUGGCAACUAUUGAACGAUCCAUGGCUAAUACGCAGAAUACUGAUAUACCUUUAGAACAGUAUAAAGUGGUUGUCAAUAAAUUUAAGAAUGACUUUCAACAAAUCGAUACAAUAUCUGCUUAUACGAAAGCAUUACCGUUGAUCCUUAACGAGCUUAUCGAAGAGCAAGCUACUGAUGAACCUGCUCGUUAUCGUCAACGACUCGAUGCGCUUUUAUCACGCUAUAAACAGCUAUGUGUUUCUAUUGAAGAAACAUCUCAAUACUGUUCUGUUAUAAUUCCAGCUAAAGUAAUUCAUGAAAAUAGUUUACAAUUAAAUACAUUUUUAACUAAUAUAUCAAAUGUACCAAUGAACUUCCGUGAUGUAUCGGAUGUUCGUAGUAGCUUACAAGAGCAAACUCAGGUCUAUCAUAAUUUACAAAAUUAUGCACAACAAAUCAAUGAACUUGUUACACGUGGACAAGAAAUAAUGAAAUUACCUUUAGUACCGAAAUAUGUUCAACACGAUGUACAAAAUACACAAAAAGUUUAUAACGAUAAAAUGCAAUCAGCAGAAGAAUUAUUAGAAAAAUUGAAACGUUUACUUGAACUUUGGGAACGUUUUGAUGGAAAUAAACGCCGUUAUCAACAACAAGCGGAACGAUUGCAUAAUGAACUUUCGCUGCUGAGUUCCAAUCGAAAUUCAAUUACUUCGUUUAAAAAUGAAAUCGAUAGUUGUCAACAUCUUCGAAAUUCCUAUGCAGAAUUAAAGCCAUUAGUUGACGAAACAGGACAAACUUUACAAACUAUCUCAUCGAAUAAUUUAUUACCUUAUGCAAAUUUGCAAACACUUAAAACUGAUUAUGAUAAUAUGCAAGAAGAUUUCUUUGAAAAACUACGAAUAACUGAGGAAAUUUUACAAGAUUUAAUAUCGGAUAAUCAGAAAUGGAUGCAAUUUAAUGAUGAUCUUAAACGUUUAGAAUCGUUUUUUAAAGAAACAAAUGCAGUGUUGGAGACGAAAUUGCUCGGAGAAACAUCAUUGGAAGAUAAACAACAAUUAUUAGAGCGUAUUCGUAUUGAUGUCUCUGGAUAUUUACAUGCAUUAUCAUUGUUACAUUCUGAUGGCUCAAAUCUUGAAACACUUCGCUCGAAACCGAAAGAUCUAAGAAAUACUUUGACUCGUUUAAAUCAGUUACGUGCAUUAGCUGAAACAACAUCUAAUAAAAUAAAUCGAGAAGAAGAACAAGUAGUACAAUCUCGAACACACGUUCAAACUUCACAGCGUUAUAUUCAACAAUUACAACCAUGGAUCGAACAAACAGAAUAUUAUCUUAAUAACCGUUUUGAGCAAACUGGUGCUUUGAACCUAAAUGAUGCUAAACAAUUACUUGAUAAACAUAAAGAAUUUCUCGAAGAACGUCGUCGUAUGUUAACCAUAUUUAAUAAUCUACACAAUGAAGAACAUAAUGUAGCUGAUCAAAAGGAACUACAAUUGUUAAUUAAAUCUUUAUCAACACGUUGGGCGAACAUAGUCUCACGAUCUGAUGAAUUAGCAUCCAUCUAUAAUGCACAAUAUCGCGCAUGGGGUGCAUUUGAUUCUGAAUUAAAUGCUUUUCGCGAUGGAACUCUCUUUGACUUUGAACAACGAGCCCAUAAUAUCGUAUUAGUAGAUUUUAAUAAAUUAUUGGAUCUUAAUCGAAUCAAUUCAUUACUUAAUGAUAUUCGAUUACUUGUUGAAAAUAUUACUCAUCAUUCAGUGAACUGCAAUAGUUUAAUGAAGCAAUUUAAAGAUUUAAAACAAUAUAGUUCACCGGAAGGUCAACGAAUACUCAAUGAAGAACAAUUAACAAUUGAAAAACGAUGGAAUGACCUCAACCGACUUAUGAUAGACCGACUUCGUGAAACUGAACACUUGUUUGAAUCUCGAAAAUCGUUUCAUAGUCGAUUUGAAUCGUUUGAACGUAGUGUACGCGAUGUUGUUGAACAAAUUGAAAAUCAUGGACAAAUUCAAAGUGCAACAUGGAAUCAAACGUUGCAACGUUUACACCAAAUCGAAAAACAAUUACAACCUGUUCAAACUUUGCUUUCAACAGUUGGGCAUGAUCUAGCUGAACUGGAAGUUGCCGGCUUACCUAAAGCGGAAUUACAAACUAUACAAAGUGCUUAUGAAGCUCAUCGACAACGAUUACAAAUUUACGAAAAUAUCUUACAAAAACGUAUUGAUUUAUUAACACGCUUUGAAGAACAUAUAAAUCGUUCGAAUGAACUACGAAAUAAAUUACAACAAAUAAACGAUGAUUUACAACAAAAACAACAACUUAAAAUUCAAGAUAUCGAUGGAAUUAAAACUCAAAUUGAACGUUACACAACUGAUCUACGUGCAAUUCAAUCGGAGAGUAGUAUAUUGGAUCGUCUCAUGGAAGAAAGUAAUACAACAAUAACAGAUUCAACAACAAAUCGAACCAUCUUCUUUACGGUUGAAAGUCGUAGUAUUCAAAAUCUAAUCGAUAUGGCUGAAAAUAAACUUAUCCAACGUCGUACUCAAACUCAAGAAAUAAAUCAAUUAGUCGAAGAUUUUACUCAAGCCCAUAGCAAUUUACUUUCACGUAUUAAUAUUCUGUCCGGCAAUCUUCGUUCAUCUCGCCUUUCUGGCUACUCUAUUCAUGAUAUUGAAGAUCUCAUGAUUAUCAUCAAGCGCUUACAAGACGAAAUCGAACAUGAACUUGAUCCACUAUUCAAACAACUCGUACGAACAUCGAUAAACUCAGCGACCGAAAUCGAAGACGUCUUACAAAAAACUCAAAUCGAAUGGGAAAAACUAAAUCUUGAAGCAAAUGAACGUCUCUAUGUUCUACAACGAACACAUACAUUAUUCAAUGAAAUCGAAGUGCUUGAAAAACAAAUUGAAACAACUAUUCAUCAUGUUGAAUUAAUUCUAAGUGAAACUAUGAAUAGCUCGAAUUCAUUUCAACAAGCAAAAAAUCAUUUGAAAAAAUUAAAACAAAUUCAAUUAGACCAACAUCAGAGUGCCGAACAUGAUAUGGCAAUCUGCCAAAAGCGUCGUGAUGAAUUCAUCGAUCUAUUGCAAUCAUGGUAUGAAAUGAAUUGGUCCUCGUAUUUUAAUCUAUCAGAUUUACAAGCAAAAAUGCGUCAAACAUUUGAAGCUGAUGUACCUGAUCAUAUUAAACAUACGGAAACAAUUUGUAGUUAUUUGCAAACUAUUGAAAAAAUUCAAAAAGAACUCGAUACAAAAGUUCAUGGACUUGAUGAAUUAGCAUCGAAAAUGACGGAAAAUAUUGAUCAAAAUCGUUUUCUUGAAGUCGUACAAACUCAACGUCCAAUUGUAGCUAAUUUAUUGAGUCAAUACGAUGAACAGUUACAUCGCUUAGAAACAAAUUGUAAUCAACAUAAUUUCAGUAGAUUAGAACAAUUUCGUCAUAGUAUUAAUGAGCGUAUAGAAAUUUUUGAUUUUCAAAUAAAUCAAUCUGUUGAAAACGAACGAAAUAUUCAAGAACAAAGUUCAAGAUUAUUAUCCGAUCUUGAUUCACUUAAUCCAUUACUCUUAAAGCUAACUGAACAACGAGAAUCAUUCGAGAAAAUUUUCAAUGAAACUGAAUCAAUCGAUAACUUUGUUAAACUUCAUCAACAAAUAAAACAAAUUCAAAAUGAACUUACAUUAUUAUUUAGUUCGCAACUUCAACGAUUAAAUGAAAGUAUUCAACAUUACACAAAUAAUAAUAUUCGCCAUGAAAGUACACAAUUAUCAACAACACUAAUGAAUAUUAAUAAUCGUUAUAGAAUAUUAAGCCAAGACAUAAACCGUUUUAGUGAACGUAUCGAUGAACGUAUUGAAAGUGAAACAAAUAAUUCAAUAGAAACUUAUAGGAAAUAUAUAGAAGGCUUACGUGUUAAAUUAACAAGAUUAUCUAACGAUCAUCGUUUAACUAUUGAUGUUAAACAACGAUUGUUAAACGAAAUUUCCCAGACGUUGACCAAUGGUCGUAGUUACGUUCAUCAAGCUAUUGAACAUAUAAAAUUAACACGAAAUUUAUUAAAUAAUGAAUAUAAUAUUAACGAAAUCGAUGAUGAAUGUCAAGCUAUUGAUGAUGAAUGGGUCGAGUUUAUUAGUGAUUUCGAUGAUCAAAAACAAGAAAUAAUUAAUAUUGAAAAUGAAAUUAAAAAGUUAGAUUUAACAGUAAUUGAUAUUCAUGAAUGCUUGAAACAGCAAGAAAAUGUUUUUCAAUUAAUGACCACAAAUCAAUCGACGCUUACAUUAAAAGUAGAAAAACUUGAGCAAAUAAAGAUUCUUAUUCGAAACUUGGAAACCAAUAUCGAUCUUAAACAAGAAUUAAAACAACUUGAAAGUAGAGUUUCAACUGUUCCGUUAAUUCAAAGUUAUAAUCAAUGUAUGGAAAAACGACAACAAUUACUUUCCAAUGCUCAAGAUGCAUUACGUCACGCAUCAGAAGCAGUUGAAUAUCAUGAACAUUUUGAAACAAUAUCAGAGCGAUUUCACCUAUGGAUGGCAGAUGCUGAAAAUCGAUUAGAACAACACACUUCAACUAACGAAAUGAGAACAGAUUAUGCUAUUGAAGAACACUAUCGAAGUGUAGAGGAUUUAAUCAAUGAAAAUAUCGAUGGCGAAAGUCUUCUAUCAAAUCUUGAUGAUUGUCUUGAACAAGUAUUUAAAACAACAUCCAUUGAAGGUCGUGCACAAUUAAAAUAUAUCUUAACUGAAUAUCAAACACGCUGGUCGAACUACAAUAUAAAACAAAAACAAUUAAAACAAAUGAUCCAUAAUGUUAAAAUCGACCGAAUGGAAAUCGAUGAAACAUUAAAUGAAAUCAAUGAUUGGAUAACUGAACAUCGCUUUAAACUUAACGAAUUAACAAAUAAUUUAAGUUUACGCGAUGAAAAUCGUAAACGUUUAUAUCAAUUAAAAUGCUUCUCCAAUGACAUCAAUGUUAAACAAGCAUUAUUGAAUACAUUGAAAGAAAAAAUUCCUGACAACGAUCGAUUUGAUCUAAUUCAACAAGUCUUACAAGAAUUUCAAGAAGAACUUCGAGUUAAAACCAACGCAUUGGAAGAAUUUGUUCGCACACAAAUUCUAAUCGAAGAUAGUAAACAAUCAAUAAUGGAAAAAUUAAAAUUUUUCAUGGACCGUCUAUCGUUAUGUACGAAAACAGAUUGCGAUUUAGAUACAUUACAAAGUCGCUUAAGUAAAAUUGAGGAAUAUAAAAUUGAAUUAGAAGAUCUUGAAAAAGAUUUCAAUCAAAGUUAUGAACAAUAUCAAUCGAUCAUCGAAUAUAAUUUAAAUUCAAUGGUCAAAUUAAAUUAUCAACAGAAUUUUGAACAAAUGCAUUUAGUUAUUGAUAAUGGUAAACAAACGAUUGAACGUGCUAUUUUAGAGCUAAAACAUCUAUGUAAUAUAUGGUAUCAAUAUGAAAAACAUAAUAAAACAUUUGUUUCAUGGUUGAAUCAAACUGAAAAUCAAUUGACUGCGUUCAUAGCUACGAAUGGCGAUGACGAUGAAUGUACGAUUGACUAUUUAAAUCAAUUAAGUGAAACUAUUGCCGAUAAAGACAAACAAUUGAAACAACUGGAAGAACUUGAGUCUUCAAUUAAUGAUUAUGAUUGGUCGAGACAAGCACACAAUACAUCGAUUUUAAGAGAAAGAAUUAUUGUACUUCUCGGUCAAUGCAAUAGUCAAUUAGAACGAGCUCAACAAGCAGUUAAUUUCAAUCAACAAUGGCAGAGUUUGUUGGCUAUAAUUCAUACCUCGUUUGAAACUUACCAAGAGCAAUUGAUGGGAAUUCGUCAAGAACAAAAACCCUUAGUUCAUCUUGAUGCGAUCCAAGAUAUUCAACAGAGUCGAUUACAAUGUGAACAAAAUAUGAAACAAUUAGAAACAUUGGCGACAAGUGGAUUUACUCAUUCAACUAAAAAAGAAUCUAUUCGAACGCAAAUACGAUCAUUAAAAAUUCAAUUGAACGAACUCAAUGAAUUAUUUUCAACAAUUCAACAAGAUUUACGAACACGUUCACAAGCUUGUGAACUCGUUCAAACAUGUAUCGAUGAAAUAAAUCAAUUUCUUGAUUCAUUGGAAACACAAUCAAACGAUAAUGAAAUACUUUCCGUCACAUGGAUUCAAUAUUUACGCAAUCAAUUGGAUCAAUUUGAUGUCAAAUCCAAACGUUUGCGUACAGUUGAUUCAUUUUUAAGUCAUUGUACAACUGAAUUAAUGCGUUCUUUUGAAUUCAUGACCAAUCGAUUUCAAGUAACACGCAAAGAACUUGAAACAUUUAUCAAUGACAAUGAAAUAUUCUUCACACGUCAACAAGAACUCGAUGUCUUUCUAGUCGAGUUAGAUCGACACUUAAAUUAUUUAACAACAAAUUAUGAAGCAUUUGAAAGUAUUCAUAGAGACAAUCGAAGAGAAUUAGACAUUAAACUCGAUAAACACCAACAAUUAUUUUAUUCAAUAAAAGAAUUCGACAAACAAAUUGCACAUGUUCGCAGUAAAACAUAUGAAGCUGGCUUGAAAAGUUCAUUGGAAGAAUCUGUACAAAAACGUUUGCAGCAUCUUGAACAAGAUUCAUCAUUAUUACAAGAAAAAGCUAUGCAAACAUUUACAUUUAUAACAACAGUUAAAUUUGAAUGUGAACAAUUAGUAGCUGACAUUAAGCAAAUGAAUGAUUGGUUAAAACUAACAGAUCAACAAUUAAAUAAAUAUUUAAUUAUUAAUCUUAGCACAGCUGAAGAGAAAACUGAUGCUGCAAAACGUAUGCUUGAAAAAUUGGAUGAUUUCGCAAUUCAAGAAGCUCAUCGCGAACAGAUGAAACAACGUUCGGAUGGCCUAUUUAAGAUCCUAGACGAUGCUCCACUUCAAGCUAGUCUCGAUGAUCUUGAUCAAACAUUUUCAGCAUUGAAACAACAAAUUCAACACCGUUAUGAAACAUUGAAUCGAGCUGCACAUCAUCAUGCUGAUUAUGAUCUUCGUUUAAAUAGUCUUUUCGAAACAUUAUCAACACUACAAACAACAUUUCAUCAUAUUCGACAACAAGAAAUUCAUGCUGAUAUUUUACAUCAACUUCGACAUUUUAAAACCGAACGAGAUGAUUUCGAAGAAGAACUUCGUCGAAUAUCCUUUAACAAUGAACAAAUCCUAUCCGAGACUUCUAUUGAAGGUAGUGAACAUCUUAAAUUGAAAUUAAAACAACUUCAAACUAAAUGGAGAACAUUAAAUAACGAUAUUCAAUCUUUUGAAGAAAAACUAGCUCGACAAGAUGAAGAACAGCGUUUGGUCUUAAAUGAACAAACAACAAUCGAACAAACAUUAAAUAAUAUUCAACAACAAUUGCAAACAUUCGAUCAACAAUUUCUAAAUGAUUAUACAACAUCUGAUUUAGUCCGACAACGUCUUCAACAUAUGACAAAUACAUUAAGCAGUGUAGAAAAAUUUCAUUUACAUUUAUUGUCUCCAUCAUCAUCGACAGAUACAACUGUUAUUGAACGUGCACAACAUUUAUCAUCGUUUCAUGAACAAUUAAAAACAUCAACUCAGAAAAAACUCAAUGAAUUAAAUCAUAUUGAAAGAUAUUCGAAUGAAAUUAUUUCUUGUCAACAAACACUACAGAAUUUAGUUGAUGCUUGCUCAAUACGUUUACAAACAUUUCAUGGGGAGAAAUCAAGAAAUGAAAUCUAUAUUAAACGUAUCAUAACGGCAUUUGAAGAUCAUCGAAAUCGUUUGAGCGAUGUAGUAGUCAAAGCAAAAGAUCUAAAAAAAAAUCUACAUGAAGAAUGUCUUUCAAAAGAAUUAGUUAAAAUUCUCAUGGAUAAAAUUGAUCAAAUGAUUGUUGAUGCUGAACGUUGUUCAAUAAAUUUAAUUCAAACCGUAAAUGAAUGUCAACAUUUACAAGAAUUAAUCGAGGAACAAAGAGAAUCAAUACAACAUAUUCAACAAUCAUUGAUUAUGAUUGAACAAACAAUUGAUGGGUUUAUGUUAAAACAUUCAAUUGAAGAAAAAAUACUACAGAAAGAAGAGCUUAAACAUUUACAAGAAGAUUGUCUUGAAUGUGGUAGUCGAUUAGUUCAAAUCAAUGUUCGUCUUGUUGAUAAUCAUAUUGACGAUGGCCAAAUGGUUAUGAUUACCAGUGAAACAAAGAGAAAAUGUGAUGAACUCGUUAAAAAUAUCGAACAUCUUCUUCUAUCCUGUGACGAGAUUAUCAUUAAACAAACAACAUUUGAUGAAACAUAUAACGAUGUGCGAAAAUCUAUUGAAAGUCUUCAUGAAAAAUAUCAAAGUAGUCUCGAAUUGGAUAGUGGUGUUGCUGAAUUAAGUGCACUCUUAUCUGAAUGUGAUUCAUUACGUGAUCGAUUAGAUUUCAUGGCAUCGUCCUAUAAUACAAUCGAUACACAAUUGCGUACACGUCGUUCAUCAAUGACGACGACGACGACGACAACGACAACAACAUCACCAAAUAGCAAUAAUAAUUCAUUACUGUUAUCACCAUCAGUACAUAAUCAUACAAUGAAAGCCAUGUUACAACAAACAAAAGAUGAAUUUAAUCGUCUUGUACAAACAUUACGUUCAUCGAAACAAACCAUCGAAUCAAAACAACAACGUUUACAAACAUUAAAUAAACAACUGAAUGAUAUUGAACAUGAAUACGAAUUAAUAAUCGUAAAAACAAAAUUACCUGACAUUGAAGAAAUUAUUAAAGAUGAUCAAUAUGAAUAUAAAGAUGAAUGCCAAAGAAAACGAUUAUUAAUUCAAGAUAUUGAACCAAAACAAAAUCGUUUACAAACAAUUGCAAAUGAAGCUAACGAUUUAAAUGAUUUACAAUUAGCAACCAAUGCUAAACGUUUAAUAAAUCAAUUUGAUCAUUUAUGUCGAGAUCUUUCGGCUCAUCUCGAUGAAAGUGAACGUCGUUAUGAAAUACUUCUAAAAUUUACAAACGAUUGUUCACUACUACAACAAUCUCUUCAAACAAUUCAAAAUCAACUUUCACCGAUUUCCGAUACCUACGGUGACAAAGAAAUACUUGAAGACAAAAUGAAAAAGUUAAUGGACAUUAAAAACAACUAUCGCGAAUUGACAUAUUCGUUACAAGACAUCGAACAAAUGACAAGUCAAGUGCUCACGUUAGUUGGCCAAAACGGUAAACAAUCUAUACGUCGUGAAUGGGAACGUGUACAAGUUAAAUCCCAUCAAAUCAACACAACUAUUCUCAAGAUCGAACAACAAUUACAAAAUUGUAUUACUGAUUGGUUAACAUUUUCAAAAGAAAGUGAACAAUUGUCAUAUGAACUUACUGAUCUAGAGUCAUCAUUGAAAAUGAUGAAUAUUCGAGUUCAAAAUGAUGGACAAACACCUGCUGAAGUUUUACGAAAUAUGAAAAAUGACUUAGAUUUGAUUGAAAGUAAACUAAAUAGUCUAAAUCGAUUUGCAACUGAUUUAUCUCAACGAACUCAAGAAACAGAUCUAUUAGAACAUUUACAACAUUUACAAGCAUUUAUACAACGAUUAAAACUCUUAUUGAAAGAGUUGUUACGCAAAGCAACCGAUGGUCAAACCAAAUAUUCGCUAUAUUCUCAACAAAUGAAUACCUACAAUCAAUUACUUGAUGAAUGUGAAUUACAUCUAAAUAAAAUUAUCGAUGAUGUUGACGUAUGGAAUGAUAAUCAGAAAUCCUUGUCAGCUGAAACUAUUCAAACCACAUCAAAUGUUUUAGAAUCGUUGAUUAAUAAUCAACCUGUCGUUCAACGAGAAGCUAAUUUAUUGAAUGAAGUAACCGAAUCGUUGAUAGAUUCAGUGGAAAAUACACACUUUUUCCGUCAAAGUUGUGUAACAAUGCAAACUCGACAAACACAUAUUUUUCAACGAGCUAAUACAAUUGAAAAUCAAUUAGAUAAUCUAUUACAACGUAUGAAUGAUAUUAAACGAUUAGCAACGAAAAUUACCGAGUCACAUACAAACGUAGAACGGAAACUAAAACAAAUCCAUGAUUUAGUUGUAACAACAAAUGCAGAUGAAAAACAAGAACGAUUGAUUCGCGUACAGACUGAAUUAGAAAUCUUACAUGAAAAUGAUGGUCAUCUUCGAGAAUUAGCCGAUAUGAUCGAUCGUUUACAACCGAAUAUAUCUGAAUUUCUCAGUGAUUUCGAACGAAUCAAUGUUAAACAAGAACAACUGAAUGAUGAAGCUAAAGCUCUUGAAAAUAAAUACCGUGCGGAAUACGAUUCCUUAAAACAAUGGAUUGAAAUCCAACAAAAACUAGAACAUACAUUAACUAAAACAACUAAAGAUUACGAACAAAUAACACAAUAUCAUACUCUACUUCAAUUAGAUGAAUUCUCGAAAAAUCUAGCAUUGAAUUUAAAUAUACAUGAAUAUAUUGAAAAUCUCUUACAAGACGCAAGACAAGCAAUUGAAUCAUUAGACCAGUCAAGUCAAAAUAAUAUUCUUCGUAGUGUUCAACAGUACCAUUUACGUUGGAAUGAUCUUCGAGAACAUUUAAAUAAAUGUCUGCAAGAAACAGAGAAAAUUCGUAAUCAAACUCAAAAUCUUAUCCAAGAUUGUGAUAUACAUUUAAAAAAAUGCUUACAUUUCAUUGCAACAUUAACCGAUAUUCGCAAUGAUUCUACACAAAUAUCGAAUGAUAAACUUGAAAAAUUAAGAACUGAACAUGUUAAAAUUCUCGAUUCUUUAACUUUAACAAUUGAAAAUAAUCUUUCAAUAGCGAAAGAUUUAAAUCUUAUUCUUAGCAAUGAACCACGAUUACGACAUCAAAUGGAACAAUUAACUCAAAUGCGCAAUAAACUCAAGGAGCAAUUCAAUUUAACAAUUCAACAAUUCGAAGAAUUAGUUGAACGAUUUAAUUUUGCAAUCAACGAACAUGAUACUCUCGAAAAGCGACUUACAACAAUACUGCGUGAUAUUGAACAAUGUUCAAAUCUUACUGGAGAUAAUUUUACUUCUCAAACACGUCAAUAUUUAAAUGAAUAUCAAACUAUUCAACGAUCAAUUAUAAUUGAUUUACAAAAGUUAUCUGAUCACAAUCUUCUAUUAUCUUCUGAUGUCAAAGCAACAGAAUAUCUUCAAGAACGUUACAAUAAUUUAAAAGAAAUUCAUCUAAGUUUAGAACAAAAAGUCAAUCAUUUGCGAGAACGCAUUAAUGUUUCAUUAUCAAUCAACGUUAAAAUCGAUGAUAAUAUUCGACAAAUAAAACGUAAACUCAUUUUAUAUGAAACUGAUCUUAAUCAUUUAAGAAAUGAAAUACCCAAUUCAGUAUCUGAUAAACGUAUACGUGCCGAAUUAGCAGUGACGGUUUACAACGAUCUUCAAAUCGUUGAAAAUCUUCUUGAAGAAUUAAUUCAUGAUGCUGAACGCGAAUGUGAAACAUCAACAGAAAACAUUCUAGCAUUAAGUGAAAUUAAAAUUCAGCAUGAACAAAUGCUUUGCGAAUUUAAAGAACAAGUUGAUAAUUCAAAUUUAAUUUUUAAUGAACAUUUUAAUUAUGGUGAAAGUGCACGAACACUCAGAUCAUUCAUCGCGGAUGUUACUACGGAAUUAUGUAAUCUUGAUAAACAACCAAUUUCGACUAUUGAAAAAGCAAGGGAACUAGUUGAGUCGAAAGUUGUGCAAGUCCAGCGCUUAAAAGUACGCUACGAUGAAUUGCAACCAAUUCUCGUUCGUGUUCAAAAAGCUACAGCGUCCGAUGGUCAACAUAAAUUGCUGGACGAAAAUCAAUUUCUUUUUGACGCAUUGCAAUCGUUAGAAAAUCAGCUCUCAACCAUUCACUCAUUAUGUCUGGACAAACAACAAGCAUGGCUCGAAUUUAAACUUCGUUUUGAUACAACAUAUUCAUCGUUUCAUCAAAUUAUUGAACUCUAUCAACAAAAUAAUCAUGAACUUGAUUCAUUAAAAGACAUUCAAAAUGAAUUACUCCUUCUACAAGACCAUAUUGAUUAUCUUUUACAAAUAAAAUCAACUCGUUUUUCAAUUCUGACACCGAACGAUAAUCUAUUCUUUUUGGAUACAACUAUUGAAUAUGAUUUAUCUCAAUUGCAAACAACAUAUCGUCUUAGAUUAAAUCAAAUUAAUCAAGAAAUCGAACAAACAACAGAAAGCAAACUUAAAGAUGAACGAUUGAAACUGUUCAUAAAAUCAAUGGACGACAGUUUAAAUUCACAAGAAGAAACUCUUAAUAAAAUUUCCUAUCAAAGACAAUUAGAUAAUGAAACAACUUUUGAAAAUUUAGCUCAACUAUUUCAACAAAUCGAACAAAUGCAAAUACAAUUGAAAGAAUUAUCGAAAAAUUUCAAUCAAAUUUCUAACAAUAAUACAAUCGAAGAAUUGAAAAGCAAACUCGAAAGAUUACGAUCACAAACCAACGAUGAACAUAUUGCUUUCAAUCGUUUAAUCAAUGAAUAUAAAUCUUUGAAUCAAAUGGUAGCAAAUUAUAACGAACUAAAUGAACAAAUCAAUGAAUGUAUCGUCAAUAUUUUACAAUAUGCUGAUAGCCGAUCGAGAUUGCUUACACCCGAACCUGACCAACGUUCGCCGACGGAUCAACUUGUUCAAUUGAAUAUUUACAGAAUUCAAAUUCAAGAACAAUUAAACAUUAUUGAACAUUCGAGUAAAGCUACGUCGACAUUUAUUUAUGAGCGCUUUCAACAAUUACAUCAAGAUAUACUUACAUUAAGAGAUGAAAUCGAAUCUAUUCUCGAAAAAGAAAACGAAACAACAUCAUUUCAAAAUAAAGUCGAUCGGUUAAUUGAAACUCUACAAACUGAAUUUGAUCGUUCACCGAAAUUUUCUUCUCUAUUAACAAAUGAAGCAUUCGAAGUCUAUCAAAAAUCAUCCAACAAUUAUCUGCAAACAAUGCAUAAUCUCGAAAAUGAAAUUGAAAACAUUAUUGAACAAUUUCAAGAUGCUGGCUUAGUUCGUCAAUACAACAUUCGAUUAGAUCAAAUCAAACAAGAAAUAAUUCAAAUUGAAUCGAAUAUUACAAAUCAAAUCGAACAUCUUCGACAAGGACUUGCCGAACAAAACAAUCUUCAAACUCGAAUUCAUUCAAUUAUUGAAGAUUUGAAUAUUUGUGAAAACCAACUCACAGAUAGAGUAUCUAUGAAAGAACAUCAACUCGAGCAGAAAUUACAAGAAGUACAAAUCAUGCUCGAAGCUAUUGAGUCUACAAUUGAUGAUGUUUCUAUGCAAUCGAAAUCAUUGGAACAAGAAUAUUCAGUUCCACAACAACAAACACAAAUAAAAGAUAUUCAACUUCGUAAACAACGUGUUGCACGACUCAUCCAAGAAACAUCUCAAUAUCUUGAUAUGAUACACAAUAAAAAGCAAGAACGUCAUAAUCUUCUUGAACAAUUAACCAAUUGGCUUGAAUUGAAACAAAAACUAUGUUCCACUUUAAUUCAAAUACCACUAGGAAACGAUUAUUCAUCGCUUGAAUCGCAAAUAAUUCGAAUUCAAAGCGAACAUAAUGCCAUGGGUGAAGGUUAUACGAUUUUAAAAUCUAUUGAAGUUUUACAAAAUGAUUUAAGAAAAAUAACUACUGAUGAAGAUAAUAUAAUGCUAACUGAACUUCUACGACAUUAUCAUGGCCAAUUGAAAACAUGUGAUUUAUCGUUUGUCGAAAUAAUAUCUACUAUUCGACAAAUACAAAUCAACGUGAGCAAAUAUGAUGAUAGUUGUCAGGAAGUUGAAAAUACAAUUAAACAGCAACAUGCAUUAUUUCAACAAUUUAUUGAAAAUAAUCAUAACAUUUCACCGGAUAAUCUCAGUCAACAAAUACAAAUAUUAAAAAAUCUACAACGUGAAAUCGAAACAAAAACAAAUUCAAUGAUUGAUACAUUAACGUACACGAAAAAAGAUGUACCAGUAAAUGAGACUAAACUUGAACGUUUACUAUAUGAUAACCAGCAAUUGAAAUCAGCAAUUCUUAAUGAAAUUAAUCAACGAGAAUCUCUUCUUGCUCAAUAUACUGAGUUUCUUACUGAAAUGACACAAACGCAAACCAAUGCUAUAUCUCUUGCACAACAACCUGAUGCUUCUAUAUCCGACGAAGAUUAUAUGACAAUAAAACACGAAUCAGAAGAAAUAUUACAGUCGUUUGGCGCAGCCAUAAUAGUCGGCCAUCGUUUACUUGAUGAUUAUUCUCAAUACAAACAAUUCUGUCGAUCAAUUAAAUCAGCACUUGAAUUAAAUGAACAAAAUCGCGAAACAUUUGAAUAUGCUAUAAAAAAUAAUGAAACUAUCUAUUUAACUGGCGUAGAAAUACGACAAGAACAGGAUGAAAUAGUUAGAAAUCUACAACAACAAGUAAUGCAUUUAGAACAAGUUAUUAAUCAAACAACUGAAUCGGACGAUUUGCAAACACUUGAUCAAGCAUAUGAAGAAAUAAAUACUUACAUUCAAAAUAUUCGUGCAAAACUUCAAUCAAUUAUAUCGAAUACAGACAGUCGACAUUUAUCUGGGUUAACUGAGAUUCAAAAACAUUUAGAAACGGUUGCCCUUCAAAGUCAAGAACAACGAGAUAAAAUUCGUCCUAUUCUCGUUGAAAAACAAGCUCAGAAUGAAUUACUCGAAUCUUCUGCAUGUUGGUUAAUCGAUACUAUGCGGGAUCUAGCUUUGAUCUCAAUUGAACCAGUAUCUGUUCAGUAUGAUCAAACAUUAAAUCGAUUGAGUGAUUUAUCAAAUGAAACUCAAUUAAAAUUGUCACAAGUCCAAGGAAUAAAAUCGACAAUAAAUAAUAAUCCGUCGUUUGAACAAAAUCGUAUACAAAUCAUAAUAGAUUUCGAAAGUGCAACAGACGAUAUCAACAAAUUAAUAAAUGGUCGUCAACAAGUACAAAUAACUGUUCAACAACUUGAUCAAACAGUUACAAUGAUUAAUAAAAAUGUUAAAGUUCUUCGAACAAAUCUUGAAAAUUAUCGAUUAUCACCAAAUGAUAUUGAAGAACUUCAAAGAUUAAAUACGAAUAUCGGUCACGAAGAAAUACAAUUAAAAAAAUGUAAUGAUGCUUUCAGUGGACUUCACCUAAAUUUAAAUGAAACCGAUCGUAAUGAAUAUGCAAUUCAUAUACGUUCUGUUGAACAUCAAAUAGCUGAUUUAAAACAACGUGUAACUUACUUUGAACAAUUAUCAAUCGAACAUCAAACAGAAUAUAAAAAUUUUGAAAAAAAUCUCAAAUUAUUCGAAUUAAACAUGAGUGCAUUUAAAGAUUCCGUACAAAGACGUUUAUUAGAAAUAACAAUUGAUGAUCUUCUAAUAAUAGAUAAUCUUAAUCGUGAGGUGCAAGGUGAAGAAACGCAUUUAAAUGCACUACGCGCUAAAUACAAGAUAUUGGCACCGGAUUUGAAUAAUGAAGAACGGCAACAUGCAGAAACAUUGAUCAAUAAAAUUCAAAUUGAAAUUGAACAAUUACUCGAGCAAAUCGAAAAACGAAAAGAACAUUUGAAUGGAUUACUUCAUAAACGUCAAAGUUUAGAUCAAGCAUCGCAAGAUAUAAUUAUUUGGUAUGAAGAUAAACAACGUUUAAUCUCACCUGAUCAAAUGAUUCCAUUGAAAACAAAUGAAAUUGAACGAAUUCAAAAGAAAUUUAAUGAUACAUUAAACGAAUUAAAAUUUCGACGAAUAACACUAGAUAGUGUAGUUAAAUUAGGCGAAGAAAUCAAACAAGGUUGUUCACGUGAAGGCCACAGUAAUGUGAAUUUACACAUCGAUGAAUUAGUGCGUAAACUGAAUUCUUUGGAAGAAUCAAUUCAUGAUCGCAAUCGACAAUUAAAUGUUGCUAAUGAACUACGACGAGAAUUCGAAAGAAUUAUGACUAAACUUAACGAAUUGAUUAAAUCUACUGAACAACAAAUUAAAGAUCCACUAACAAAUGAUCUUCAACAAACGACUAGUGGUCUCAAAGAAAGAUAUCGAACUGUUGAAGCAUUAAUUCAAUCAACGAAAGAUCGUACGAAUGAUUUUGAUGAUUUAACACGUAUCUAUACGAUGAUCUCAUCAACAUUGAAUGAUACCGAUCGAAUUACAUUGGAUGAAAAAUAUACUUUACUUCAAGAAAAAUAUAAUCGUUUGUCUGAUAAUCUUUCUCAACGUCUCGUAUUACUCGAUGAAGCAACUCGCGAACGCGAUGAAUUUGAUAGACAAAACGAAUAUGUUCACGAGUUUUAUCAACAAUUACAAAAUGAUUUCACAAAAUUAAAAGAAAAAUCUGCUAGCAUUGAAGAUAGUCGCUACGAUGAUUCUACAUCUAUUGAAAAACGUUUAGAACAAUUCAAACAACUAUUAAAACGUCUUGACGAAAUAAAUAAUAGUUUGAAAGAUUUAACACGGAUCCAACGUUUAUUAACUAGUAAAGGACAUCGAAUUGAUUUUCGUGCCGGUGGCGAAUUAAAUGCAAAUUUAAAAAAUCUAGAAGGACAAAUUCAUACUGAAAUCGAAAGAAUUGAACGAGCUUUACAAACUGAAAUUGAUUUUCAUAAUUUAGAAAAAGAAAUUGAAUUAUAUUUGCAAACUUCAUCGGAACAAUUGCGAUCUGCUCAACAUCAACCUGAUAAAGGAAAUGCUUAUCAGACUGUUUUUGAUCGUUUACAACAAAAUGAACAUGCAUUAAAUAAAUUAAUUCAACUUUCUGAACGUUUAAAACAUGAAAUUCCACGUUCACAAUAUCAACAACUACAAAGUAAAAUCGAACAAAGUCAAGAACAUCUUCAAACACUGAUUCGAACCUGUCAACAAGCACGUGGCGAACAUGAACAGAUGGUUAAAACACAAAAUAAACUUAAUGAAGAAUUAAUUUCUAUUAAUGAUUGGUUUAAACGGCUUAUUCAUGAAUUAACGCAGCCCAUCGAUCUUAAUUUAUCAUUAAAUAAUGUGAAUGAUAUUCAAGAUUCAAUGGCACAACUCGAUGCAUCUAUUGAUCAACGUUUGUUAAGACUUGAUCAAGCACUUCGCGACGAACCGAAUCUUAUAAGUUCAAAUGAUAAAGAGAUCCGUGAAAGAUUAAAUACUGUUGAAGAACUCAAACUGCAAGUUAAAAAUCAUCUAAAUAAACGACGUAUUCUCCUUGAUGAUAUUCAUCAACGUAUGACUCAAUAUCUUAAAUUAACUGCAGAUAUUAAAGCAGCUAUUUGUGAUGCUGAUUUUAAAUUAGCACCAUUUUUUGAUGGAUAUGAUCGUAGUCGACUGGAUGAACACGAACGAGAAUUAUAUUUUUUGGAGCAAUUAUGUAAUGAACAAUCAGAUCGUUUAGCUGAAGCACAUAAACUUGUUGAUGUAUUUCGACCGCAUUUACGAAACAAUGCUAAAGAAUUAUGUGAUAGUCAAUUGAGAAAUUUUCAUCAAACUAUUGAAGAUCUUGAAACUCGUAUUCAUCAACGUCGUAAAGAAUUAGAAGAGGUUCGUCAAAAAUCGAUUCGAUUCGAUGCAAGCAUUAUUCGUUUGAGAGCUGAAACUGAUCGAGUUCUGCAUGCCAUUGAAAAAACACCUGAUAAUGCGGAAACAAUUAUUUUAGAAAUUGAUUCAACAUUUUCAGCUCUGCAAUAUCUUGGGCGUGAUUUAAAGAAAUCAUUAGAUGUAUCGAGUUCAUCAGAUAUUGACCGAGCAUUGAAAGACAUGGCUACGUCAGUGGAAUGCGUUCGAGAUAGUUUUGAUCGAGCUAAAAAGUCUCAUGAAGAAAAUGAAGGUCUUCGCGAUCGCAUUGAAAGAAUACUAAACAAAGUCAAAACAUUUACAAAUCGCAAACGGCAAGAAUUAAAUCAAAGUAUCGAUAGCGGCUAUGGUAGCAUUGAUCUGACGAGACGAUCAAUAGAAGUGAAGGGUUUUAUAAAAGAUGUCGACUUGGAAACAUCACAUUUAUCCGAAGUCAACGAUUUAAUAUCAACGCUAGCUGAAAGAAAAUGUGAUCAGGAAAUAAUUUUAGCAUUAGAGAAGAGACGAAAAGAUCUUUUACAUGAUCUUCUAAAUCUAAAAGAUGAGACGACAAAAACAGUUCAAACUCUCGAUCAACAAGCUGAAGAACAAGAAAAACUACGUCAAAAUGCUCGUGCAAUGUUAUCCAUAAUUCAACGUACUAAAGUUCAACUGAUUGAAUUACGUCCAUCUAUCAAUGAUGAAGCCGACCAGAAACUUAAAAAAAUCGAUGACGAUCUAUCGAUAAAUUUCGCAUUAUUUGAUCAAUCAUUAACUGAUUAUAAACGUUUAUUUGGAAGUCCAACUGAUGAUCUAGAUAAAAUGGUUACACGAGUUUUAGAAGAUAUGACUGAAAUCAAAAUACGUUUUGAUGAAAAAGAAUCGGAACUCAAUGCUUAUAAUGUAAUACGUGAUGAAUAUGAAAAUAUGAUGGAAACUAUUUUGAGAAUACUUCAAAUAAUUGAAACCAAAACACAACAAUCACAUGGUAGUGAUCUUCGACAUAAUUUAGAUUUAUUAAAAGAUCUAACAAAUGAAAUGCAAACGCAUCGUGCAUUGAUCGAUCGUUUACAAUUACUUUCAUCAACAUUAUCAGCGCAAAUAACUGAUACAAAUGAACGUGAACGUGUAAGACGCCGUCUUAAUGACGUCAUACGUCGAUGGACACAGCUUGAACAAGAUAUAAUUAGUGAAGAAGAAAAUAUGGAAGAAAUGCGAAGUCUUUCGGAUUUAUUUCACAAUAUUAGUACGACUUGUGAACGAUGGUUAAAACAAACACGAGAUUUAAUAAAUGAUUUAACUAAUGCCAGAAACGUGGAAACAUUUGAUCAACUUAUUCCAAUAGCUAAAACUGUUCUUUUUGAAUAUCAAACGUCAUUUGAACAUCUACAAAAGUUAAGAACUAGAAUUAAUCGAUUAGUUCAAACAAAUCGAACAGCAGAAGCUACGCAAAAGCUAAAUGAAGUUGAUCGACUCUUGAAUGAUAUGACGGUGAGUCGUGAAACUCUUGAACAACGUUUAGACUUAAGUCAAAAGAUGCAUUUUCAAUUAAAUGAAUUUAAUAAACAAUUUUUAUUCUAUGAACACUGGCUUGAAAAUAUCGAACGCACUCAUGAUUCAAUCUCCGAGCAAACCUUAACAGUCGAUGAAAAAUUACAACGUUAUCAUGAUAUUCAAGUUGAAUUAGAUAAACGAAAAAUUAUUCUUAACUCAUUGACACAUGAUUAUCCACAAAUUAUUCAUUUAAUAGCUAUUCCUAUUCAGCAGCUAAUUGGAAAUAUUGAACGCAUAAAAAUAAAUGUCACUCGAAAACAAGAGGCAAAUCAUUUUAUUCUAAUUAAAAUUAUCAUGCAACUCUUUUUUUUAAAGGAAUUCGAAAAUCAAUACCGACAACAAAAAGAUUAUCGUGGUCGUAUUGAAUCAUUAUAUGAAUGGCUCAAAGAAACUCAUCGAUAUGAACCAUUAACUGAUAAACGUGAUAUAGAAUCUCUUCAACGAGAACAUGCACGUUUACUUGAAAAACGUCACUACAUCGAUGAAAGAUCGAAUGACAUCGAUCUAUUACUUAGAACUAUCAAUAGUUCAAAUUUACCAAACGAUAUUUUACAAAGAUUACGUCAAGAAAUCGAACACUUGAAAGAACGAUUUGCCGAAUCAAUCGUAGAACUUGAAACUAGAACAACAUUUGUUAAGAAAACAAUCAAAGAUGUAGAUGAACAGCAACGCAAACAGCGUACGUAUCAAGAAUCACUAAGUAAACUUUCUUCACUUGUACAGCAUGAUCAUCAAACACCUGGCAGAUCAAUCGAAGAUGCGCUUAGAUCGCUUGAUGAACAAAUGAUUAAGUUUGAAAAUCAAAAUGAAGAAAGAGAACGACGUAAACGUCAACGUGAACGUGAAUGGCAUUUAUAUAUGGAUGAAAUUAAUCUAUUACAAGAUAAAUUAAAUACAUUUAAACAACGAAAAGCUAAUACACAAGAUUCUAUUGAAGAACAACUUCAUUCUAUACGAAUGCAAGAUCAAGAAUUAAAUCAAUAUCAAGAUGAAUUAUCACAUUUAAAACAACACGGACAAACGAUGUGUAUUGAUGAUGGCAAUUCGAUGGCAUUGCCAUCUGAAAUUCAUCUACUUCAAUCUAUGAUUACGUUUUUGAAAGAACAAUUUGAACAACGUCGACAAUAUUUACUUCACGCUGAACGUCGUCGAGACAUUUAUUUGAAUGAAUGCAAAUUAUUCGAAGAUCUAUUUAACAUAACCAUGGAACGUCUUAGUCGUUCGAUUCAAGUUGCAUCUACAAGUGAUCAAUAUGCUCGUCAAUUAACUGAGCAUAAAGCUCAAAAUGAACAGCUCGAUGAAAAACGUCAUCAAUUAAAUAUUCUCUACGAUCAAUUGGAUCCUGAUACACGGACACGUUAUUUAAAACAACAUCUUGAUUUAGAAAAACGUUCGAACGAUUUACAAGAUAGAAUUAUUGAACAAACAAUACAUUAUGAACAUUUGUUGCAUGUAUGGAGAGAAUAUGAACUAAGACUUGAUGGUAUUCGACAUCUAAUCGAUGGAAUACAACAACAAUUACCGAUAACCAAACGAUUGCUGCAUUUUGAACAAAUUCAAGCAGCUUUUGUUCUUUUUAAGGAUUUGAAACAACGUUUGAUUGUUAUUGAACCAGAAUUAUUACAUUUGAAUGAUGAAAUACAAAAUCUCUGCAAAGAACUUAAUGGCGUUUCACUACAAAAUGAUAUCAUCAAUGUAAAAGAUAAUUUUAUUCGAAUAUGGACGGAUGUUAGAGAAAAAUGCGAUAGUCAUAAGAGCGCAACUAUUCUUGUGAAUGAUGUUAAACGUAAUAUAGCUAAUCUAGAAGAUAUAUUAGGUCAAUGUUCCAUUGAAUCUCGAACGAGAUACGACGGAGACGUUAGUGAAUUAAAAGUUCAAUUAGAACGAAUGAUGGAUGUGGAAAAACGUCUUGAGAGCAUCAGAGAUAUUUACUCGAAUACAGAAUCGUUAAUUAAGCAUUUAGCAAGUUACAAUCUAUAUGAUUUACAAUCGACAGAAGCAACAUUAGAAAGUUUACAUCGUAAAUUGACAGCACUCAAAGCAGAGAUUUUGCGAAGUGAACAUAUUCUUCAUCAAAAUAUUAUCAAUAAUUUACCAUCGAGACAAGCUUGUAAAGAAAUGUUUUCGUUUAUUGAUGCAAUUAAACGGUUAUUGGAUGAUGAUCAUGGUGCACCGAUUAAUAAUAGAGAAACUUUACAAAAAUUACUUAGACGAUAUCGGGAUAUACGCGUUGAAGUACUUAAUCAUCAAAUGAUAAUCGAUUUUCUCAAUGAAUCAUUUCAACAAGAAGCCAACAUAGAUGUAACAAGUAUUGAUUAUAUGGAAAAAAUAAAACAAAUUAAUAUUGAUUGGAUUAGAAUAAAAUCAUUAAUCUCAGCUCGUAUUGAUACGUUAGAACAGCUAAGUGAUCAAUUCAAUGAAUUCGAUCAAACAGUUCGUACAUUAUCAGAUUGGGUUCAAGAACAAACAUCUGAUCUUGACUUUAUGCGUUCAAGAAAUAUGGAAGCCGGUGCUAAAGAUAAUCUACGGAAAUGCGAUGAACUUGAAUAUCAAUUAACAUCUAAACAACAAAUUCUAUCGUCGUUAAAAUCAUCGAGUAAUCGCAUGUCAUCGACAUCAACAACAUUCCAUAUAUCGGAGCAAGAGGGUACACUACAGACUCUACGUCAUAUGCUUGAUCAUCUAUCACCAUCCAUUGAACAAUUGAAAUUAAAAUCUAAAUCUAUUGUAACCAAUUGGCAAGAAUAUAAUCGUGCUUUACUUCAAAUGGAAAAACUUUUGCGUGAAGCUGAAGCCGAGAUUGAUCGUGUUCAAACCAGUGCAAUGAAUGUUGAAACAUAUGAAAUGAGUACUAGGAAAGCUCAGGAUCACUUAAAAGCCAUGGAAUUACGUCGAAAUGAUCUCGAACAUAUUGCUUCUCAAGGUCGUCAACUAUCAAAUCAAUGUGAUGGACAAACAUCAUUAAAAAUAAAUGAAAUUACGCAUCGUAUUCAACAACAAUGGGCAAUGGUUGAACAACGUCUACAAGAAAUAGUUCGACCAUCAAGAGAAAUAGUUGAAAAUUGGAGACAAUUUAAUAGUUCAUAUGUUCAUUUGCUCGAUCGACUUGGCGAACUUGAAGCUAGAUGGUAUACAAUUCAACGAGAAAAAUUUUCAUCUGAUACCGACACACUUCUAGAAAAAGCGAAAGAUUUCUAUCAACGUCUUCAACAAGUUGAUAUAGAAAUAAUAAAAUUAUAUGAAAGAUCUCAAAAAUUAGGCAAUCAUUUGCCACCUAUAGUCGGCAAAAAGAUCGAUACACAAUAUUCGGUUAUUAAAAAUCAAUAUUCUGAAUUAUGUACACUUCAAGAUAAACUUCAAACGGAUUGUAACGAAUUAAAACACCGUGAAAAGAUCUAUUUAGAUUAUUUACAUGAAUUGACACAAACAAUCAAUCAAGCUCAAACAGCUUUUAAAACUCAAUUAUUAACCGAUGAAAAUGAAGCUCAAAAUUUAAAACAACUCAAUGAACUUCAUGAACUUCUACUAGCUAAACACAAUUUAAUCGAACGUAUAAAUUCAAAUGAAUUUAUUACUUGUUUUAAACGAGCUAAACAUCUACAUGAAGUUAUGGCUGAGUACUCGCAUACAAUUGAAUUAAUUAAAAAUCGUAUAAAACAACUUGAAAUCAAUCAAUAUAAUAAGUUUAAUUUUGAUAAACGUUGCCAAAAAUGGAAUGAUUAUAUUCAAGCUGUUGAACAAAAUCUAACUGUUAUACAACACAAUUCACGUACGAAUUAUCAAGGUUUAUUAGAAAUCGAUACAAAUCUAUCUAAUAUAAUCAAUGAUUUUAAUCAACGACAACAAGAAUUAAUUCAAUUGACUAAUGAAGGUAAACAAUUAAUUGAACAAAAUUUACUUGUCGACCAGCAUACAUUUGCUAAACUUGAACAACGUUGGCAAACGAUAAUGAAAACAAUUUUGAAUAAACAACAAGAAAUAAAAGACAUAAUUAAAUUAUGGUUAUCGUAUCAAAAUUAUUUAGAAACAUAUUAUCGUUUACUUAAAAGUAAAUAUGAAUUGGAGCAAGAAAAUUUGCAGGCUCCAACUCUCGGUGUUUUGAGUCAAAUUAAACAAGGAACUUAUUUGAAUGCAACAAACAAUGAAGAAUUAAAAAAUCUAUUAGAAAAACUCUACGAAACAAAUCGACGAUUAAUUUCAUAUUCAGAUGUUAAAACACAGGCAAUUUUAGAGAAAGAAUGGCAUGAUUUACAAAAAUCCGUUAACGAAAUUGAUGUUGAUAUUAAUCAAAGAUCGGAAGCACUUAUCGCGUUACUUGUUCGGUACAAUGACCUUGAUCGAACAUUGGAUAAUUUGAGCGUUUUAAUCAAAUCCAUACGAGCGCUUCAACAACAGCCAGCUGAUGAACUUGAUCAAUUUAUUUCACAAUGUCAAAAUAAAGAUCAUGAAUUAACGCAACAUCGCCAUGAAUUACAACGUAUACGAAAAACAGUGGCAGAAAUCUCUCCUUCAUUACAUCCUGAUGAUAGUAAUCAAUUAAUGCAAAAGUUGAGUUUACUUGAAAUUCAAUGGGCUGAUGCUGAACGUGUUAUAAGAAGUUUAACUGAUGGUUUAACUAAAAAACGAUCAGAAUUUCAUGAUUUUGAAAAUAAAUCUAAACGUCUUCUGGAAUGGUUCGAACAUUUUGUUAAUGUUGAAAUGAAUCAUCGUAUUGACGGUUUAACACUGGAAGCCAGUCUUGAUAUGUUGAAAAAUGAAUUACGAAAUUUAAUUGGUGAUAAGCGACGAAAUGUUAAUGAUUUAAUGAUAACAGCACGUGUUUUACAAACAAAUGUGACUGAUCAGCUGCAAUUACAGACAAUAAAACAACAAACAGAUCGAUUAGAACAAUCACUUAACACAGCAGAAGAACAUGUUGAAAAACGUAUUAAAAAGACUGAAAUGAUUAUGAAAACAUUUCAUGAUUUUGAUCAAGGUUUAGAAAAUCUUCGUUCAUGGAUGGAUACGAUAGAAACAACUCUGCAAAAACCAGUUUCAGUAAAUAAAUUAAAUGCCAAUGAAUUACGUAAUCAUCAACAAUCAGUUGCUGCAAUUGAGGCAGAUAUUGAAAAGCAUAGUAGUGUUAUAAGUAGUGUUCUUGCACUUGGCCAUAAUUUAUUGAGUGAAAGUGAUGUUCGUCCACGAAAUAUUGGUUCAAUACAACGAACAAUUCAAUCAAUUGAACAACGCUGGUUGUCAUUGAAAGAUUUAAUACGUAAACGAAAGCUUGAAUUGGAUACAAUGAAUGUAUCAUGGAGAAGUGUUGAAGAGGCAAUAAAACGUGCAUUAAAAAUGAUUACUGAUCAUGAACGAUUUCUUAGUGAAGUGAAAAGAACGUGUGGACAAGGUUUACAGGGAAUUAGAAGUGAAUACAAAAGCCUUGAGAAUUUUAAACGCAUAUUAGAUGAUGAUGAAAAAGAGAUUCAAGAAAUUACCGAUAAUUAUUCAGGAAUUAUUCGUAGUCAUCAAACAGCGGAUGUCAACGGUGAAGUUCGUGGAAAAAUUAAAGAAGUCAAUACUCGUUGGGAAGUUUUAAGAGGCACAGUCAAUGAAACAAUGAAAAAUCUUAAAUAUAUGUUAAGUGUUCACGGUGAUUUUCAACUGACACAAGAUUCGUUAGCACUUUGGUUAACUGAUUUGGAUGUGCUUUUAACUAAUCUUGAGCAUUUAUCAGAAGCGCCAUCCAAUGAAAAGAUUCGACAAUUAGAUGAUAUGGAUCGAGAAAUUCAAGAAAAACAAACUAAAAUCGAAUACGUUCGAACAUGUGCGAAUUAUUUACUUAGUAAAACAGUUGAUGCAAGAGGUUUAACAAUUAAUAUGAAUGAACUAACGAAAUUUUGUCAACAAUUACGAGAGUUAACCAAACGUAUUAAUAAACUCAAGCAGAAAUUAAUAAAUUCAAAUGAUCGCCAUAUUGAUUCAAUUUCAUCUGCUCGUUCAUCACCACUACAUGAAUCAUUUUUCUCUACACCAUCACCACAAAAACGCAUUUCGUCACCAAGUCCAUCAAGAUCACGUUCUCCGUCGCGGUAUCUUCGUUCACGAGAUCGAUUUUUUCGUUCAUACGAUCAAAUAGAAUGGGGCGAUCAAUAUCAACGUGCUCAAGAGCUUUUAGCUGAUUUCGAAGAUAUUCUUCUUCAAGUCAAUGGAGAUUUCCUUGCCAAAGAAGAAACAUUUCGUUCCGAAACACCCAUUGGUAUUCAUGUCGAAGAUUUACCUGCUGAAUUUGCUUAUACUCGAAUAUUAACAACAACACGUCGAAAGAUUGAAGCAUUACGUGAAAUAAUUAAACAAAUUCAACAAGAACUAGGUCCUUUCUUAGUCGAUAAUCUUAAUAAUGAUCCAGUCGUUGUUGAUAUUAUGGAGAAAUGGAAUCUUCUACAAACAUUAGCACAUGAAAAAGAUGAACAUUUAAAGGAAAAUCGUAUCACAUGGAAGCAAUUUAAACGACAACUAGAAGAACUUGAACAGGCAGCUACACAUUUUACUAAUGUCGACACAUUACUAUCCCGAACUGUCUAUUCUAAAGCAGAUGCACAUCGCGAUCAAGUUCAAAGAUUAGAUGAAAUCAAAUCACUUUUACAGCUGACGAUUGAACUAGCUGAUCAAUUGGGUGAUGGUACAAGUGAAUGGCUACUAGUGGAUCAUCGUCUUCAAUCGAUUAAAGAAGGUUUCGAGUUUCUAUUUGCUCGAUCCAACCGUGAACAUCGAGAAUUAAAAACAAAUUUGUUUCAAGCUGAAGAUAUAAAACAUGCAAUGUUAGAAAUCAAUUCUCAAUUAGAUCAUCUUGAAACAUUAACUCAUUCAUUGGAACCUGUUGAUGAAAGAGAAAGUAAUCUGGGUAUUAAUCGUACAAAACUUCAUCGUUUUAUUCGUAUUCAUGAUGAUCUUGAAAUUGUAAAUGAACGUUUAAUUAAUGUAAAUGAUCGUUCAAAAUGUCUGUUAUCUGGCGAUCAAUUACGUAUAGCAAAUGAUUUAAAAUUAAUGCUUGACCGUUUAAGUUCAAUAAAACGAAUUAUUAGAAUUUAUCUUGAACGUUUAGAAAAAUUAUUAGCUUCAAAUGAUCUGCAUGAAAGUUUCUCGUCAAUCAAUCAUUCACCAAUUAGAACAUCAAAUAGCAAUCUUCAACGUGUUUAUCAAUGA